GCAGUAUGGAUGAUGGUUACGUCACCACCGAUGUGCUGCUAGCUUUCCUGUCAGAGGCCAGCUCGAGCAGAGGUGUCCCCGUCUCUCCACACGACCAAACGCAGACAUGUCUGACUUCACGGAGGACCAGAUCAUCGAGUUUAAGGAGGCUUUCCUAUUGUUUGACCGGACGGGUGAUGGGAAAAUCUGUUACAGCCAAUGUGGCGAUGUCAUGCGGGCCCUUGGCCAGAACCCUGUCAACGCUGAGGUGCUCAAGGUCCUGGGGAACCCCAAAUUAGAAGAGAUGAACAGCAAGAUGCUAGACUUUGAACAGUUCCUGCCCAUGCUUCAGGCCAUUGCCAAGAACAAGGACCAGGGCUCCUUUGAGGACUUUGUCGAGGGACUGCGCGUCUUUGACAAGGAGGGGAAUGGCACAGUAAUGGGAGCGGAGCUACGUCACGUCCUCACCACACUAGGUGAGAAAAUGACGGAGGAGGAGGUGGAGACUCUUCUAGCAGGACAUGAAGACGCCAACGGCUGCAUCAAUUAUGAAGCCUUCGUCCGCCACAUCAUGUCUGGUUGAACAGAGGAACUUGUCCGGAUGGUGAUGAGUGGAUGAAGACUUCAAAAACAUGCUUCCAGCUUUAAUUUUAUUCCUAAAUAUUUUUGUAUUAUGCUUGUCUUGCCCUCCCAACAAGUCCUGUGUGCGUGUUUUUUUUUUUUUUUUUUCUCAACAUCCAUAUUGAUUUCAAAAGUGCCUUUUCUGUGUCCAAGGUGAAGAGAUCCUUUCAUUUAAUUUCCAAACACUAUUCCACCACAUAGAAGUGCAUGGUGUCAUGCCUUUCUUGUGGGCAGAAUUGGCAAUAACAUUCCCUUGAUUAUUUUACACAUUCCCUGUUUGUCAGUCAUUCCCUGUUGUCAACCUUGUCAAGUAGUUUUUUAUGGACAGGAUGCAUGUUUAUUGGCCGAGAUAAAAUGUAAUCCACAAUGGUAUUUUCCUGACUAACCAGUAAUGGAAGGGAUACUGUGCUGUGUUAUGUUGCGUUUAUCAGUGUUGAAUAAAAAUCCUGGUUUCUGAAAA